AUGACUUUAAUGCGCUCAUUAGUGAUCAGCGCCCUUUUCGCAGUGGCUGAUGCAUCAGAGGGGUUUUGCGAGGAUUACUUGGAUUGUAUGCAGCGUCUUGAAGCGAAACAAAAUGACUGUCUCCUGACUGAACGGAACGUCCAAAUGAGCAGCAGCGAUUUCUGUACUCGCAAGAAAUGGGACAUCAAAAUGGCGCUGAAUGGUCUUCACUUAAGAAGAGCAGAAUUGGCAAGAGACUGUGUACAGAAGAACAUCAAGGAUGCGACAUUAUCUGAGUCAAUAUUGAACCCUGAAGAGGUUGUUUUUUUACAUUUUUUUUACAUUUUUGUAUUCUACUAG